GUGUCAACAUUGUUUUGAACGCUCUCGCUGAGGGAAUGUGUCGUUGUUUACAUUUCAACGUGAACUGCAUGGUUGUAAAGUAAUGAAACUUUUGUAAGGAUGGCCAGUACAAGUACGGCUAGCUUUGUUCCGAUUCAAACAAAAGCUUCGAUUGCGUUCAAGGAAAAGGCCGAAGAAUCAUUCAAAGUGACAGUAUUCGAGCCGAAAAAGGCAGCGUUGCAGAAAAAGAGAUCAGCACGACCCCGGCCACGACCGAACAAGGACAGCGAAAAGAACAAAUCCGAGGAGGACGAUGAGGACGAUAUUGAUGAUAUAUUUUCGGACAUGCCUCGUAAAAAGCCCAAACGAAAGGAGGAUCCAACCGUGUUCGACAUGACGAAAGCCCGGCGCGAUAUCAUGAAUCUUGGCUUCAGCGGUUUCGACAAGGAAAGUAAACAGCAGGCUAGUGUACGGUUGGCCAUUAAGCUUGGAGCAAAACCGCCGAAAAACCAGUACCGGAACUAUCGUGAAAUGUUAGAAGAACAGAAAAAAGCCAAGGAGAAGGACGGUGAUGCUACGGCAAAGAGACGGCAAGGACAAAUGGCUUACGGUGCGAUCCAAUCGUUCAACAAAUAUCAAGAACGGCAACGCGACAAGCAACGCAAUCCUACCUCAAUUAUGAAGCAUUACGGAAUUGCGAAACCACGAAUCGGUAAAAAAUAAAUUGUAAUUAAGCGUUGUAA